AUAUUAACUAGUAUAUAUAUAUAGUUAAAUUAUAAAUUAUGGGUUUUCUGUAUAUACUUAGUUGGAUAUCAUUAGGUAUACAAAUUACCUUUGUCACACUCUCCAUAGUCGCUGGACUUUACUAUUUGGCUGAGUUGGCGGAAGAGUACACGACGCCCGCACGCCGCUUUAUCUUGUUUAUGAUAAGCUUUACAAUUUUUGUUUACAUUAUGUUUAUUAUAUGCGAGGAUUUCUCCUGGACAAUGCUCAUUUGCGGCCUGCUAGGUCAAGCUUUCCAUCUCAGCAUCAUGACAAAUUUUCCAUUCAUAAAAUUGCUUUCGGUGCCAUUUAUUGGUUCGCUUUGCAUGUUGUUGGUUAAUCAUUUGCUGGCAUUUCAGUAUUUUACCUCAGUAUACGUGCCAUUUACACAGGUGCUUGCGUACUUUACCAUCUGUCUAUGGAUGGUGCCUUUUGCGCUGUUUGUCUCACUCAGCGCCAAUGACAAUGUGCUUCCCACAACGCUGAGCAGCAACGAGCGUCGCUUGGGUAGCAGUAAUCCAGAUGUGGUCAGCAAUUACUUUUCGCGCAACAAGAAACAGGGACUGCUCUAUUUGUUUAAUCAUAUAAAGGAUACGUUGCUGCCGGGGCGCAGCAAGAAAUCGUUUUAGACAAAAUGAAAGACUAAGAACAAACGUUCCUUGUAAAGGACAAAACCCUUUAGUAAUUUAUUUUGUAAUAGUAAUAGCAAUAACAUGUAAAUAUGCAAAAA